GAUAGAAGGAGAGAACGGGGGGAUGAUGCGUCGGGUCGCGUCGUGUCCCGAUCAGAAGGCGCUCGAUAGGUAUCCGGAUCCCUCCAAGGAGGUGUGCGAGAUCAACGUGAAGAUCGCCGACCUGGGCAAUGCCUGCUGGGUGGACCAUCAUUUCACGGAAGACAUUCAAACGAGGCAGUAUCGGUGUUUGGAAGUCCUCCUGGGCGCCGGUUACGGCCCUCCGGCCGACAUCUGGAGCACGGCCUGCAUGGCGUUCGAGUUGGCCACCGGAGACUAUCUGUUCGAACCUCAUUCGGGAGAGUAUUAUUCGAGGGACGAGGACCACCUGGCGCACAUCAUCGAGCUCCUCGGCGACAUCCCGCGACACAUUGCCUUUUCUGGAAAGUAUUCUCGCGAGUUCUUCAAGAAGACGGGAGAGCUGCGCCACAUCACGCGGCUGAAGCCGUGGGGCCUCUACGACGUCCUGACGGAGAAGUACGAGUGGGACCCCAAGGAGGCGAGGGAGUUCGCGGAUUUCCUCCUCCCGAUGAUGGCGUUCGACCCGUCGGAGCGGGUCACGGCCGAGGAGUGCCUUCGGCAUCCGUGGCUCGUGGUUCCUUCGUCCGCGGGUUCCUUCGGGUCGGGUCGUGGCCGGGGGGACGGGGGCGAGGAUGGCAGUAAGGGUCAAGGGUCGAGCAACACGUCUUGAAGAUUACUGUGCGGGAGUCUUAGAAUCUUGACAAAUUUUUUGCCGGACACUUUUUUUUUUUUUAAACGGUUCGAGUGAUGGGAAGAAAGAAGAUACGACGCUGGGCAGAAUAGACAUGUGUGAGAUGUCUCUUUCUUUUCUCGUGUAUCUUUAUCGAUUCGUGUUACUAGAAGCGGUUGCACUCUCGGGGAGAGGUAUUUCCCUUCCCGUUUUGUGAUACUAUCGACCGGACUUGCCGACUCGCUCGCCCUCUCGACGAGGGAAAACUUUUAAGAAGACGCCAAAGAAGACACCAAGAGAAGAAGAACCCUUCCGUGAAGGCACGAUGAGCCGAGUCGUCGAGGGUCUCGGUCGCUCUUUCCGUUCGUCUUCUCUUCCCCCCUCCCCUGCCGUCUCGGAGGUGCGUCGUUACAUCGCGGGGCGUGACCGAGGGGUUCGUGAGGGUGAUGGGGGGCGUGCACCGCUAGAGUCCGUAUGUGAUAGGGAGACGAUGACAUCCGGAUGCAGGAAUCUCUCCUCAGACAGAUAUGAGAAUUCGUAUGCAACGAUCCCAUGGUCUUAAUGGCAUCCCUCUGGAUUGCUCCUCCUUUUUUCUAUCUUAUACAUCGUUUGCAGUCGAUCAGGGGGCAAAUAAAGGCUAAUUUUCUGCAGGAAA